AAGGUGGUGUGGAAAAUCGUGAGAAAAAUUUUAUGGUAUAUGGCACUGGUUUUGUGGACAAUAUAUAAUCUAACUUAGCAGAAAACAAAGCUUUUCUAAGUUUGUAUUUGGUAUGGAAAUUAGCCAAGUUUUUGUCUGCGCAUUAAUAAGUAACUGAGCUUCCUGACGUGGCUGAUGGUUGUAAUGUUUCAUAUGGCUGAUGUACUUGCAAAUUGUUUACAAAUCAAUGGGUGGUAUAGCGAAUUCGAAUGAAAAACAGAUGAAAUUGUGAUGGAUCCUCUGGCUCAUAGCAAAUCUUUUUUUUGGUAUGUUGAAUGGAGAUGGACUAAGCCAAUAGAUUUGUGGCUUAUAUGUCGAAUAGCAAAUCUACACAAAAAUUCAGAUUUGCAACAACAAACAAACACAGCUUUAUAACAACAAAUACAAACGAAAAGCUUUACAAAAACACUUACUUUUUCAAGAACGUUGUGGCUCUCCUAAGCUGUUUGUUACCAUUGUUACCAAGCCAAUAAAAAAAAAAAUAUCGAAUUUAUUGAACGAAGCAUCUUAAAAUUGUUUAAAUAAGUUACAUGGAUCGUGAGACGGUUCCGUCAGCUGCUAAUUCUACAACGCCUCGCCUUCAUGCACAGUCCGGAAGAGAUGAUACUGAGUCAUACAGCGACGCUGAAGCUGGAGUGGGUGGCAUUAUAUCAGAAAUUCUCGAAGAGAUGGAUCAACAACAACAAUGUGUGCCUCCAACAUCUGCUGCAAAAUUUUCUACAGGAUCCCUGGUUGAAGAAGCUACAGAUGAAAUAGAGCCUGAUAAAGAAACAUUGCUUAUUUCUUCCGAUUCUCCAACAGACUGUUUGCAUAAUCCCACAUGGCGCUUUCAAAAGAAACAUAUUUUUAUUUUAAGCGAAGCGGGGAAACCCGUUUUUUCCUUGCAUGGUAAUGAAGAAAAUCUGGCGUCGAUUUUUGGUGUAAUACAGGCUUUAGUGAGUUUCGUGCAGGACGGUCAAGAUGAGAUUAAAUCAAUUCAGGCGAAAGAUGUGCAAAUUGUGUUUUUGUUGAAGCCUAGCCUCAUUUUAGUAGCAGUUUCAAGAACAGGUUUCAGCUCGGCCCAAUUGGAAAUGCAGCUCAACGAUGUAUACCAUCAAAUUAUAUCCACGCUUACGUUUCGUCAUUUAAAAACUGUAUUUUCAAAACAUAAAGGUUUUGAUCUUAGACGUCUAUUGGCUGGAAGCGAAAGAUUAAUACGGCAUUUGGUAUUAAGCGACAGCAGCACUGGGCAAACAAAUAAAAAUGUCUUCACCUUCUUAACAAAUUCCAUACGGGUGCUACCAAUGCAAGCUUCGACACGUUUGUCUAUAGUAAAUGCCAUUAAAGAAAAUUGUCAUAAUCACAAAAACUUGGUGUUUGCCGUAUUAAUAGUCAAUAAUCAGCUGAUAACAAUGGUACGCAUGAAAAAGUACUCCAUAAAUCCUGCCGAUUUAAGAUUGGUAUUUAAUCUGGUUGAAAGCUCAGAAUCUUUUAAAAACUAUGAUGAAAAUUGGACGCCACUAUGUCUACCAAGAUUUGAUGAAAACGGCUUUUUGCAUGCUCACGUGUCCUAUUUGGCUGAGUGCUGCCAGGCGUGUCUUCUUCUUUUUUCAGUGGAUAAGGACGAUUUCUUCGAUUUGUCGGAGGUGAAAAAGCGUAUAACCGAAAAAUUGGAACGUACUCAAUGCUUCCCAGCAAUCAAUGAAGCCGCGAUAAAGACUAAAAAAGUUAAAUUGCCUACAUUUGGCAGCGACAUACCAGAGCUGAAACAUUUUUUAUAUAAACCGAAAGCUCUAGCGCAGCUGCUUUGUUCUGACUUUCCAAGGCCAUACAAUACUAUAGAGGGUUUUCGUCAUUUAGAAGCUACUUAUUGUAAUCUCAUCGAAUGUGUACACAGCGUCCAUAGACCUCUGAAAUUAAUAUAUAAAGCAAAAAGCAAUGAAAUUUUACUUGCAUGGGUUACAUCAGCAUAUGAAUUGUAUGCAGUGUUCGAACCCUUUGCAGAAAAAAGUACCAUUAUUAAGCACGUAGAUAAAUUAAUUAAAGGGAUUGAUAAGGAAUUCGACACUUUUUUUAUAAACAGCCACCCAACGUUCUGAAGAUGGCUAAACGUGUACUUGACCCCCACUUAUUGUAAUAUAUUCCACUGCUAAGUUGUAUGCUAAACAAUUCUUCUAAUAGAAAAAUUUUAGUUAGAAACUAUUGUUAUUAAUUU